ACAACGAUUCCUUACAAGCCAGCACCUGUUGUAGCGGAGUUUUCGUCAAGAGGUCCACACACAAUCAGUCCGGAUAUCAUCAAGCCGGACGUUACCGCUCCAGGAGUCGAGAUCUUAGCAGCUUGGCCAAUCAAUAUCCCCGACACUGACAAUGGAAAGGAAGUGUUCGUGGAGUACACUUUUCUCUCUGGAACUUCCAUGGCGUGCCCUCACGUCAGUGGCACCAUCGCUUACUUGAAAUCCAUUCACCCAACAUGGAGUCCUGCGGCGAUCAAAUCAGCAGUCAUGACCACAGGUAACACUAACAAGGCAGCGACUGUUUUCAACAUUGGAAACGGUGAGAUCCAACCAGUGAAAGCAGUCAAUCCAGGACUAUUCUACGACACUGAUCCUCUCGACUAUAUCACCUAUCUCUGUAACUCAGGCUAUACCUCCAAGCAAAUCCAAAACAUCACAGGCGACAGUAGCAGCAAAUGCCCCAAGAACAACACCUCUUUCAGCCUCAACUAUCCCUCCAUCACAGUCCUCUUGGAUGGAAACAUUAUUUUAAACAUUUACAACUCAAAUCUUAAGAUUUAA